AUGAGAGAAAUAAUCUCAAUUCAUGUUGGAUAAGCCGGUAUAUAAUUAGGGGAUUGUUGUUGGGAAUUGUUUUGUUUAGAACAUGCAAUUUAACCUAAUGGAUUAAUUUAAAGAGAAAUAUUUGAUUAAGAUGAAUGUGAAUUUUCCAAAUUCUUUUCUGAAAAUACAAACGGAAAUUUUGCUCCAAGAUCUUUAUUUAUAGACUCAGAAUCCAAAGCAAUAUCAAAUGUGAAAGUUGGGAAAUAUAGAGAAUUAUUCAGUCCAAAUUCAUUCAUUUAUGGAAAGGAAGAUGCUUCUAAUAACUUUGCAAUGGGAUAUUAUUCAAUUGGCAAAGAAUAUAUUGAUAUAAGCUUGGAAAGAGUAAGGAAGUUAGCUGAAAAUUGUUAAAGCCCAUAAGGAAUACUUUUAUUUAACUCAGUAGGAGGAGGAACAGGUUCAGGUUUAGGGGCCUUAUUGUUAGAGAGAUUGUCAGAAGAAUACUAGAAAUAAAUUCGAAUCGGAAUCAAUAUUUAUCCUUAUCCUAAAAAUGAUAGUGCUAUCAUUGAAUCUUAUAAUGCAAUUUUGGCAACAUAAUAUUUAUAAAAGUUUGCUGACGUUUGCAUUCUUUUUGAUAAUCAAGCAGUUUAUGAAAUUUGUAAUAAUACUCUUGAUAUCUAAAAUCCUAGUUAUACCAAUUUAAAUAGACUUAUUGCAUAAGUAUACUCAUAAUUAACUUCUGCAAUAAGAUUUAAUGGAUCGUUAUAUUCAGAUAUUUCAGAAUUUUAAACUAAUCUUGUUUUACAUCCUCGUCUUCAUUUUAUCUUAUGUUCUUACUCUCCUAUUUUAUCAAAUAAUAAAACGUGCUUUUAGUAGCCUAUAACUACUGAUAUUUCUAUUUAAGCUUUUGAGUCAUAAAAUAUGAUGGUUAAAUGUAAUCCCUAAAAUGGAAAAUUUAUGGCCUGUUCAAUAUUAUAUAGAGGAGAUGUCAUUCCGAAAGAUGUUCGUUUAUCACUUUCUAAAUUAAGUGUAAAGAAAACUAUUUAAUUUGUUGAUUGGUGUCCUAUAAAGUUUAAAGUAGGUAUUACUUACAAAGAUCACUUUAUAAUCCCAGAUGGAGAAAUAGCAAAAGUUGCCCGAUCAGCAUGUAUGAUUUCCAAUACAACAGCUAUUUAUGAUAUAUUUCCAAAAUUAACUCAAGAAUUUGAUUAAAUGUUAUCUAGAAGAGCCUUUGUUCAUUGGUAUUUGAGAGAAGGAAUGGAGGAAUUUUAAUUUUUUGAAGCCAGGGAAGAAUUGGCAGUACUCUAGAAGGAUUAUGAAGAAGUUGAUUCUUCAAUUAUUGAUGAAGGAAGAGAAGAGGCAGCAGAAUGA